AGUCCAUCACCAGCUGAUCAAAGGCUCUGCUUACCAUGGGUUUGACGAUAGGCAAGAUCAUCUUCGGGAAGAUCACGGUGGACACGCCCAAGCACGAGGUGCUCCACACCGGCAACGGCUACGAGAUCCGCAAGUACCCGCCGUGCGUCAGUGCCGAGGUGACAUACCUCUCCAAGGAUAUGAAACGCGGUCGCGACGGCGGGCUCGAGAUUCUUGCAGACUACAUCGGCGCCUUCGGCAAGCCGCACUACACCAAGCCCAAGAAGAUCGCCAUGGCAGUACCCGUGAUAACCUCGUCCAACGGCGGCAAUGCAGAAGCGACCGCCAUGAAAGCACCGGUAAUCACCUCCUCCAGCGGCGGCGAGGCAGAGGCAAUCUCCAUGACAGCGCCGGUGAUCACGGGCGAGGGGCGGGAUAGACAUUCUGGGAAGGUAACGAUGCAGGUCCUGCUGCCGUCCAAUUACACCAAGGUGGAGGAGACGCCGCGGCCGACGGACGAGCGGGUGGUGCUGCGGGAGGUGGGGGAGCGGAAGUACGGGGUGGUCAAGUUCGCAGGGCUCACUGGGGAGAAGGUGGUGGCGGAGAGGGCAGCGAGGCUAAAGGCCGCGCUGGAGAAGGACGGGCAUGUCGUCACGGGACCCUACUUGUUCUCCCGGUAUAACCCGCCAAGGACGCCAACGCUCCCGCCGCUCCGCACCAACGAGGUCAUGUUCCCCGUCGAGUGAUCAUCGGGCUGGCCGGGCCACCUUAUGUUGUAGUUUAGCGUUUAACCUUCAAACAAAAUUGUACAGUAGGAGUAGUUCAGUAACUCGAGGAGUGACCAGUGUGUUCUUCCGUUAG